AGUACACCCCAAAACGCUUCCAAUUGAAAGGCGGGAUAUUUAUACCCAAAGGGGCUGCCUAUUUCCCGUAUUUACACAUUGGACAGGCAAUCAGACCUAGAGCCGCACAGUUUCUAUCUCGGUAAUCGGCAACGUCUUUUUUUUUCCGAUUAGGGUUUCAAUCUCCGCAGUAAAAUGGCAGAUUACUGGAGGUACGGUGACGUUAGGCCACCGGCGGUAGCUAUUCCACCCGUCCUUGCUAAGCGACCUCGAUCCGAAUACGAUCCUACAAGUGGCCAUGACUUGCAUGGGUAUUAUGCUGGCGAUGAUGGAAGGGGAGUUCAUCGGGUCAUUCGAGAUACUGAUCCUUUGGGGGCAUCGUAUGACCGUUAUCUGCAAGGCGCGAUGUCCGCAUAUGGUGUGGGUGAACCUGCUAGAUCACUGGGUGGUGCAAUUGGUGGGCAUCCUGGUGAGGAUCCACGUGCCUUGGGGAUUGUAGGGCCAGACCCUAUGAGUGCAAAAGCCAGGGCAAUGGGAGUAGUAGGUGGAGUUGGCAGAACAGAAAUCCCUCUCCCUCCAGAUGCUUCCAGUACACUCUAUGUGGAGGGCUUACCCUCUAAUUGUACUCGACGUGAAGUGUCUCACAUAUUCCGUCCCUUUGUGGGUUAUAAAGAAGUACGACUUGUAACAAAGGACUCCAGACGUCCUGAUGGCGAACCAUUGGUUUUUUGCUUUGUUGACUUUGCAACUCCAGCCCAUGCUGCUACUGCUAAGGAAGCCCUUCAAGGUUAUUUGUUUGAUGAGCUCGAACGUGAUUCCGUUACCCUAAGGCUGCAGUUUUCCCGCCAUCCUGGUGCACGGCCAGGUGGUGGACCCCGUGGAAGACGUUGAAACCCUAAUCAUUUGUGCAGGACCCACUCGAAUUGCGAUAUAACAAUAGGGAAAGACGUUUUGCCAGCGUUGCAGGGUUUCUUUUGCGAUAUCUACGCUCAAUCCGACAUUCUGACGCUGCGGUUUCAUUAGGACAGACCAGUCAGUUCAGUGGGAAGUUUGUUAUUCGAAGAACUAGUAUGUGUUUUAAAAAAUUUGUGACCUCCUUUUGCAACGCUUUUUUCCUCUCUAUGAGGUGUAUUGGACAACGCUCUAUUUAUAAUUUAUUCCUAGAUGAACCUAGUAAGUUUGGUUGCGGUUGUAUUUUGGUGUGUUAUGCUUUUAAAAUUGAGUUGAAUCAAGUUAUAUGCUGUACUUUUUCCUAUGAUGCACUCGGGUUUUAAAAAUCAUUUGCUGGCCUCACUUAGGUUUAGUUGGAAACUGAUUUUGGGGGGGGGGGGGUUAUCUACUUGAUUAGGUGGAAACAACACUGGAUGUUGUAUUUUCAUCGGCAUGUGUUGGUAGAGGAAAUAUCUAUGUUCGGCUUACCCAUAGAUUCUACUCUUGAGUGGGGUAAAACCGUAGGCUGUUUGGUUUUCAGUCAAAAAGAUACCUCCUCCGUCCACAAAAUAACUUCCUGGUUACUAUUCUAUACUUUUGUCAAUUUUGUUUCUUUGUGUGUUUUCAUGCGUGAUUCAUUAAAAUAAAGUAUUUUGGUCACAUUUUGUUUUAUAGAACUUUGGUACUUUUGAAGCAUGUAAUUUUGUAUUUUUUAUUUCUAUACCAAUUUGUGAGUUAAGUACUUUCAAAAGAGAGGAUUUUGCACGUUCUUCGAAAUGGGAAGUUAGUUUGUGGAUGGAGGGAGUAUAAUCAUUUCUGCUUUCAGUCUACCUAACCUAUGCUUUUCAAAUAUAUACGAACUCGUUUGCAUCAUCCUCAAUGGUGAAUCAGUGAGAGUCCAAAUUGUAUCGGAGAAUCAUGUCUUCUAUGGACCUUUCCAAUAGUGUGAUAUGCUAGUUACCAUUUAAUCCUAAAAAUCCAUCCUUGUUAAAGUGAAAAUUUACAUUACUGUGUGUAAUAUGAUGUUAUCUGUAUGAGAUUCCUUACCCUAUUGAAGAAUACUAUACUCUUAUGAAAGUUUUCUCAUGUCCCAUGUGUUGUUUUACCUUGAAAAUUACAGAGCAUAUGGUUUUGAGUGUGUGUUUGACAUUAUUCCAAGAGUGUUUUAAUUUUACAUGUUUGGAGGAUUUAAUUUUAGAGGAUGAUUCCAAGCUUUUGUAUUCUAU